AAGGCUAGUGAACAAUCAAUUUAAGGCGCACACAGUGCAGCGGAUGAAUCCGAUCCAAAAAUGUUCACUAGCGAAGUCAACGGUGAAAUCCAUGGAAAUGGUUUACUCCUUUCCCUUGGACACCAUUGUUCCUUUCAUUCGUGUUCUCACGCUCUGGGCGACAAUCAUCUGUGCGGCAAUGCAUUGCUUAUUACUGAUUGAGUCUAGAUUUAGACUAUUUCAUGCAAUGCAAUGUACCUCAACCAUGUUGUCCUUCCUUUGAGGAAGAGGCAACGAAGAUCAUCUUAAGAUCAAGCUGCAAUGCAUACGCACGGGAACGUCUUGUUUUUCCUGGUUUCGAUUGUUCGAUUUUGUGGAGUGAUGGUGUGGUCUGUUUGUACACACACACAGGCACACGGGCACGCGCGCUCGCACAAUCAUGCAUGCAUACAUUCAAUGGAGACGGCAUCUAUUUCUAUCUUUAUCCUUUCGGCAACCAUGUCAACUGGUCAUCACUUUUGCACCCUGCUCCCACAUUUGUCAAAUCCUUGAUCCGAACUGGUGACAAGGGAAGAUGUGAUGGUAACGCAUUUAGCGUACAAAUAAGACUCUCUUUUUUUCAACCGUUGGGAACAUCAAUCGAUGCUUUUGGCGCGUUUUCUGUCUGCCUCUCUUUUCCGAUAGCACGCCAUGGUUUCAAUUUCCCUUUGUUCUUCCAUUCCUCUGGCGUCAAGUGCAUGCACAUCAAUUCUCUAUCAAUAGAUUUCAUCUGAUGAUGCAUGCAUAAUACGCACAGAUGCAUGCAAGAACAAGGGUAAAUUUCAAUUAAUUAAAAUCGGAAGAUGAACUGACACAGACAAACACACUCUCUUUUCUUUUGUUCUCACAUCAGACAUGCACGUAUACAUUCAAACGAAAGACCUUUCGGAUGUCCGUAUCGUGGAUGUGGAAAAACAUUUAUUCAACGAUCAGCAUUAACCGUUCAUUUACGUGUUCAUAC